AUGGAAUCGUCCUCCGACAGUGGGAGUAAGUCUGAGUCGGAGUCUGACUCGCCUGACUCAUCUCCGGACAAAAAGAAGAACAAGAAAGACAAGAAGAAGACGGGGAAAGGGAAAAAGAAGGUGAAAAAGUCGAAGGAAAAGGAGAUGGGCCCAAAGGCACCUCAGAGAGGUAAAAAAAAUAAAUAAAAACACGCAAAUGAAUAAAUGCAGUCAUUGUUUAACUAUGUGUGUCCCUGCCCAUUACAAGCUAACCAUCUCCUCCCAUUUACAUUGUAUGAAAAACUAUGCAAACAGAUCGUUCACGAUGGGAGAAGGGGCUAAAUUCAAAGUCGAAAAUGUAUUUAUUUAUUGUCAGCCAAUAUCUUGAUGAUAGUUGUAUUUGGUUAUAGGUUAUAGUGGUUAACUAUGGGGACACAAAGGACACUGUGUGCAUAAUAUAGUGUGUGUGUGUGUGUGUGUGUGUGUGUGUGUGUGUGUGUGUGUGUGUGUGUGUGUGUGUGUGUACACCUUUUGAUGUGGAUAAAACUAAUUUUAUGUUCUCUGUAUUGCAGCCCUGAAUCCGAAGCAGGCAGUGGUCAGGUAUAAAAAAAUACUAAAGGUAUUCUGUAAAGGAGGGACCACCAUGGGUGCUGCGUUCUAAACCGUUGGUGUAGAUCGUAACACAGUGGUGGCCACUGCACCCAUCGCUGAGCUUUUUAUCCCUGCACCGAACAGGUACAAGGACAUCUUAGAUGGUCACAAAACUGGUCGUGUAAAACGAGCAAUGUUGACUUCUGAGUGCUCUCUGGCAAUUGAACAGGAUUCUGCUAUAAAGGAGAAUCCGAAAACACUUAAAAACAACAACAAGCUGCUGCCCCUCACCAAGAAGUGA